AUGUCUUCUGGUGUUGGUGUUGAUGACGAAGUCAUUACGCAAUUUAACGAUUUCAAGCUCAAACGUGCCCCACAUGACUAUCGCUACUUUAUCUACAAGAUUGUGGAUGAUUCGGAAAUUGUGAUUGAGUCUACAGGUCCCAGUAGUGAAUCAUAUCAGGAUAUGGCCGAUAAGCUGGCGCAGAUCACGACCGAGUGCCGAUACGCUCUUGUGGAUUUGGAUCUGACUACAAAGGAUGGCCGCCCUACCAGCAAGAUUGUUUUCCUUUCGUGGUCGCCAGAUACAGCUCGUAUCAAGUCAAAGAUGCUGUAUGCAUCCUCUAAGGAGGCGAUCAAGCGUGUUCUUAUGGGUGUGGGUAUCCAUCUAACGGCUACUGACGCUUCGGAGUUGUCGCUCGAGUCUAUUCAGGACGGUGUGGCCAAGUUCUUGUAG